AUGAUGACGGCCUGGACAAGGUACGUGCUGCUUGCUUUGACUGUUUUGUCUUAUCUGCAUCGAGUUUCUACAUCUGUGACUCAUUACUCCAUACCAGAAGAAAUGAAAGAAGAAUCUGUUGUUGCUAAUCUCGCAAAUGACUUAAACCUGGAUUUGAAAACACUGAACGAGAGAAAGAUGCGUCUUGACAUUAUCGCGAACAAGAAAUAUCUGGACGUGAACAAAGAGACGGGGGAGCUGUACAUCGUUGAAAAGAUUGACAGAGAACACAUUUGCCCUACAAAAUCUGCUACAUCCUGUUACUUAAAACUGGAAGUAACGCUAGAAAAUCCUUUAAGAAUAUUUAACAUAGAGGUCGAAAUUGUGGACAUAAACGACAACGCCCCUCAUUUUCGCAGAGACGCUAUUCAUUUGGACAUAUCAGAGGCCACGCAGAAAGGAGAGAGAUUUUCGUUGAGUAACGCAGUAGAUCCUGAUGUUGACAGUAAUACACUUAAAACAUAUUACUUGAGUGAAAGUGAUCAUUUUAAUAUUGAGGUUCAAACAGGACGAGACGGGACAAAACUGGCUGAUCUGAUUUUGACAAAGACUUUAGACAGAGAGCAGCAGGCUGUCCACAAUUUAGUUCUGACUGCUGUAGACGGCGGGACACCGGCUCGGUCUGGCACCGCGAGCAUUAUUGUGCAUGUACUGGACACUAAUGAUAAUGCUCCUAUAUUUGAUAAAGACAAUUAUAACAUUAAAGUAAUGGAAAAUUCUCCUGUUGGCAGUUUAGUUGUUUAUUUAAAUGCGACAGAUUUGGAUGAGGGAUCAAACUCAGAUGUAUCGUAUUCAUACAGCCUUUAUACAUCAGAAAAAGCCCAAGAGACAUUUAAUCUGAAUCAAAAAACUGGUGAAAUAACAGUUAAAGGCGUGUUAAAUUAUGAAGAUAAUAAAAUCUAUGAUAUGGAGAUUAUUGCCACUGAUAAAGGAGUCAAUAGUUUAUCAGGACAAUGUACAGUAAGAGUUAUUGUUGAAGACAUGAAUGAUAAUCACCCAGAAAUAUCUAUUAAGUCUUUUCAGAGCCCUGUUGGUGAGGACAUAGAGGUGGACACAGUGAUAGCUGUGGUCAGUGUCAGUGAUAAAGACUCAGGAGACAAUGGAGAGGUCACUCUCCAUAUUCCUCGUCACAUGCCUUUUACACUGCGCCAGUCUUCUGAUAACUAUUAUGAACUGGUGGUGUCUGAGCCUUUAGACCGGGAGAAAGUCCCUGAGUACGACAUCACCUUCACUGUCACAGACAGAGGCUCUCCUCCAUUAUCUGACAAUGAGACUAUGACUUUAGAGCUGCUGGACGUGAACGACAAUGUGCCACAGUUCCCCCAGUCCUUUUACACUAUACGUGUCCCAGAGAAUAACGCUCCAGGAGCCCUGCUCGGCUCACUCACGGCCUUUGACCCUGACCUCCAUGAAAACCAGUAUCUAGUUUACUUCAUCCUGGAGAAGGAGGUAGCCAACACCUCCAUGUCCAUGCUGUUCUCCAUCAACCCAGAGAACGGGAACUUGUACGCGCUCAAAACAUUUGACUAUGAGAUAGAGAAGGAGUUUCUGUUCCACAUCGAGGCCAGAGACUCGGGCUCUCCUCCUCUGAGCAGUAACGUGACUGUUCACAUCAUUAUUGUGGACCAAAACGACAACGCUCCGGUCAUCGUGUCUCCGUGGCGCGCACACGGCUCAGUGGUGGAGGAGAAGAUCCCCAGGUCCACUGAUAAAGGCUCGCUGGUGGCCAAAGUGAUCGCUCUGGACACUGACUCUGUGCACAACUCUCGCAUCACCUACCAGUUUCUACAGGUCACUGACGCCACACUGUUCAAUCUGGACCAAUACAACGGAGAGAUCCGCACCAUGAGGAUGUUCAGUUACAGAGACCCGCGCCACCAGCAGCUGGUGGUGGUUGCCAAGGACAACGGGCAGCCCUCCCUGUCGGCCACAGUGACCAUCAAACUGUCCACGGUGGAGACGGCCGUGAAGGCCUACUCUGACAUGACCGAGGUGCCUCUGGAGUACGACAUCUUCUCAGACCUGAACCUGUAUCUGGUCAUUGGUCUGGGCUCGGUCUCCUUCCUCCUGCUCAUCACCAUACUGGUCACCAUCGUACUCAAGUGUCAGAAACCCAAGUCCAGCAGCAAAGCUCCUCCUCCCUGCAGGAACAGUGUGAUCAGUGAGAGGAACUCCACCAUCGCAGACUCCACUCUGGUGUCCAACGAUGCCUACUGGUACAGCCUGUUCCUGGCAGAGACCAGGAAAGGAAAACUGGUGGUGAGACAGCCUGUGCCCAAAGGCUCCAGAUACAUAGUGUCCAGUAUACCACGAGGCACAGGAGUAUCAGACACCAGCGACUCUGCAGCCUCCACUCUGCAGGUAAGAAUGCCAUCAAAGCUGUUUUUCCUGCUUUAA